GUGAGGCUGUACAGGCUGCUGUCUGAGCAGGAGAGAGAGAUAAAACAAGACUGAUAAAGAGAGAGGGAAUUAGGGAGGGACCAAGAGAGAGGAAGGGGGAAAGAGAACACCUGUAGCAUGAGACGCUGCACUCAAAGCAGACAUUCAGUAGUUGGGAGAUUAAUUAAGAGCAGGGGAAGCAAAAAGGUGAGAAGGUAUUAGCAGGUCUCAGCAGACUGAACUUGAGCGGUAAACUGAAGUUACUAAGUGAACAGGGAGCAAGGCUGUCAAGGCAACAAUGGUUUAACUUCUUCUGGACACCUGUUCUUCUGAACCAAGAGCACUUUUGAAAGAAGUGAACGCAUCUUGUCAGCACAUCAUAUGGCAAAAACCAUCUGUGUGUUGGCGAUAAAUGCAUGAGUCUAAUGCUAUGGACUGGAGAAUUAAGCAGCUUGCAGACUCACUGUUAAAAUAUGAGUUGGAAUCUACAGUUUGAAACAUUACUCAGUAUAUUUAAUCUCUAGUUAGACCCUAACAGUUACGUAACAAAUCUGCAUUUGUGUUACAGGUUUACUUUGCUACCUUCCCUUUGCACCUGUCAUGGCCGACCCUGCCUGGUGGAAGCUCACCUUCCUGAGGAAAAAGAAGUCAGAGCCAAAGGUCCUGUAUGAAAUACCACCCGACUUAAGCACCAACAAUGCGAAUAAAGACCUGGGCAACGACGACGCAGACAGCAAUUUAGACGCCAGACUGGAAAAAAUAGUGGAUAAAUCUGCCACCAAGGGCCGUCAUGUAAAAGUUUCCCAUUCUGGGCGGUUUAAGGAGAAGAAGAAGAUCCGCUCGACUCUGGCGGAAAACCCAAGCCUUUUCCCCGAACCUGCUCGGACUGACAAGAGCCAUGUGGAAAAAUAACUUCCAGACCGUUUGCAGCUUGUUUAUACAUACAGACUAAUUUUUACUCAUUCUUAUUUGUAAGGCUGCAUGUUGAAUGGAGUUACUACUGACGCAACAAAGAUACUGGAACAAAAAAUUAGGCUAUUAUUUUUUACCGGCCAUAUUUUAAUUGAAAAGCAACCCCAAGAUGAUUAUUAAGGAGUUAAUGGUGUUAAUAUAAGUCAUAAACACAAUAUUGUCAUGCUCAUAAAACCUGAAAAGGAAGGCAUAGAAACCUUAUCCAACUUAAUUUAUAAAUCACACAAUCUGUUAAUUUUUAAAUAUAAAGUGGAAAAUGGUCAUAAAAAUGUACGUUAUUGUUUAAUAAAUCUCAAAGCUGUGGGAAACAGACUUGUUCAGGUUGCAAUUUGAUGUGACCUUUGAUUAGCACUUGAUCACGUGUUUUUAGUUUUUUUUGUGGUUGGACGUUCAGUUGUGCAUAUCUCUGAUUUUAUCAUUUAUCAUAAAAAGGGUUUCAAUUAGGGAAAGGACAGUCAAAAGUCACAGCACGCUAGAGAUUGGUUCUCCACAACUACAGCUUUAAUUUGUACUUGUCUAUUGUUUACUGCAGUCUUUAAAUGUUAUUGUCAAAAUAUGCUAAAUAAAGAUUUUUAUUGCA